CCUCAAAGAAAAAAAGAUCUCCAUCUCACCCUCGUCGCUUUAGUAUUAAAUAUACUCGCGCUCCAGCUCACUGGUUCCCCUUCCCAAAUCACCUCAGCGAGUCCAAUCGAGUCCAAGGCGGAAGCUUUAGCUGCGGCUAUGGAGCAUCAGGGUGCGGGGACGGACGGGGAGGUGCCGGCGGGGCUGGGGCUGACGGUGGCGGAGUACGAGCAGCUGAAGCCGACGGUGGACGCGCACCACCGCUACGCCGUGGGGGCGGGCCAAUGCUCCUCGCUGCUGGCGCAGCGCAUCCACGCACCGCCAGCCACCGUCUGGGCAAUCGUGCGCCGCUUUGACUGCCCGCAGGUGUACAAGCACUUCAUCCGCAGCUGCGCGCUCCGCCCGGACCCCGAAGCCGGCGACGUCCUCCGCCCUGGCCGCCUCCGCGAGGUUAGCGUCAUCUCCGGCCUCCCCGCCAGCACCAGCACCGAGCGCCUCGAUCUCCUCGACGACGCGAGCAGGGUCUUCGGCUUCUCCAUCACUGGCGGCGAGCACCGCCUCCGCAACUACCGCUCCGUCACCACCGUGUCCGAGCUCGCCGGCCCCGGGAUCUGCACCGUCGUGCUCGAGUCCUACGUCGUCGACGUUCCCGACGGCAACACCGAGGACGACACCCGCCUCUUCGCCGACACCGUCGUCAGGCUCAACCUCCAGAAGCUCAAGUCCCUUGCCGAGGCCAACGCCGCCGCCGCCCCCUCCAACUCCGUCCCCCAGCCUCCUCCGCCGGCGCCGGCGGAAUAGCGCCGGUCGGAAUGGGCAAGGGAAGAAAGCAACAGCAAGUUUUUGGUGUAUCUGUAAUUUCGUUUCUCUGAGAGGGUUUGCUCUGAAUUGAAUCUGAUCAUGGAUGGACUUGGAUUGGACAAGGAGGGGUCAGCUUGAAUUAGGUGUCAUUGCAAGGGUGCUACCUGUAAUAAACCCCUUUUUCUUCUUCUUCUUCUUUUGCUGGAUUCCUUCCUUUCUUCUUGGCUUUCUUUACUUCUUUCGGAAUUCGGUUAAUUUCAACUUUAUGUGAUUGGAAUGGUUCCUUAGGAAUUGCUGCU